AUGCACCACAGCUUCGAUGACUCGCCAGAUGAUUAUGAUAUGGAUAUGGAUCAGCGAACACGCAUGCUAGGUCGGGGCGGCCGCAUCAUACUUCUCGGUGAUGGUACUGAGCUUCGAACAGGCCACGGUCACGACAACGAUGGCGACAUCGAUAUGGAUGAGCGCGGCGAGGCUGAAGAAGACUCUUCAGACCACGAUGAAGAACAGGUGCGAAAAGACCAGUCUCAGAAGUCGAACGGAGAGGAAGACAAAGGUCGGAGUCAGCGGGAACAGACACCGGGCCCCAUCAAUGAGAUUUCGCAGAAGGUCGAAGAGUCGAAGCAAAGGCUGACGGGAGCUUCUGACUCGACGGGUCCCGAGGAUCCCAAGACCGUCCCCGCUGUCGACGCUGCAGAGCCGAACGAGAAGGUCGAUUCUUUGACGGAGACCAAGUAA